AUUCCUCCCCUCAAAUUAGAAAACCGGAGCAGCGAAGGCUCAGAAAGGAGGGAUUCUCUGGACUAGACGCAACAUAUAAAUACAAGACCUUAAAUAGCAAGCUCACACUCUGCAGGCUGCAGGCAUGGAGGUUCCAGGACGCCCGGGUCUCCUCUUCCUUCUGCUGGUGGUCCUGAACUCAGCGAAAAGUCAGAUUUCAAAGCCGGAUCAUGAGAACGGUUCGGAUACUGUGCAGUUUCCAGUAGACUGUGAAGAUGUCCAUGAGCUGGGGGCAGAUGCCGAUGGAGUGUAUGUUAUAUAUCCAUCAGGACCAUCCAGCGCGGUGCCAGUAUUUUGUGAUAUGACUACUGACGAUGGGAAAUGGACGGUAAUCCAGAAGAGGUUCAAUGGAACUGUGAGCUUCUUCCGUGGCUACUCCGACUACAAGGCAGGGUUUGGUCGGGCAGAUGGAGAGUACUGGUUAGGACUGCACAAUAUUUAUCAGCUGACUCUACGGAAAAAGUAUGAGAUGAGAGUUGACCUGGGAGACUUUGACGGUAAUAAGACCUUCGCCAGGUACGCUGACUUUGCCCUUUCCCCCAACGCUAUUAACCCAGAGGAGGAUGGGUACACUUUGUACGUGGAGGGGUUCAUUGAUGGUGGAGCAGGGGAUUCUCUCACUUACCACAAUGGAAUGAAGUUCUCUACAUACGACAAUGACCGUGAUAUCUACCUGCAGAACUGCGCCUCCCUCUCAGCUGGAGGGUUCUGGUACCGAGCUUGCCACCUGGCUAACUUGAAUGGGCCAUACCUGCGAGGGGCCCACCUGUCCUAUGGCAGUGGAGUCAUCUGGUCUCAGUGGCGAGGUCUCUAUUAUUCCCUGAAGUCCACUGAGAUGAAGAUACGUCGUGUGUGAUGACCUUCUGUUUGGUCCAAGACCUGUGAUGUCAAUUGCCUGUAUGGCCUAUGUCUUCCUAUGUGUUUUAUCUUAUUGUCCUCCAAACACAGGCAACCAUAAACCAUCCCAUGAGAUAUUUAGCCUUUGACCUUUACCCAAAAACUAGUAUUUCCCAUGACUUGAGACUUUGUAUCUCAAAAAAGAUUGUGAUGAUGGAACUUCACCUUGAUUCUUAAGCUUAGCCUGCUAUAUUCCUCAUAGCAGAAGUGGUUAGAAA